ACAAUACCCUCACGUCGCGCGCUCCCAGCAAGAGAGACCCUCGAGCUUCAUCUCGCGUGCAUACCUGCAAUCUCCUCGCCUCCCCGCGCCGACCCGUUGCCUGACCACGCCGGUCCUUGAACCUCUACCGAACCGCCCAACAUGUCGGGAGAAGCGUGGCUCUACCUCCUCGCCGUGCUCAUAAAUGCCGUCAACCUCUUCCUCCAAGUCUUCUUCACCAUCAUGUACAGCGAUCUCGAGUGCGACUACAUCAACCCUAUCGACCUCUGCAACCGCCUCAACACCUACAUCAUCCCCGAGGCCGCCGUGCACGGAUUCCUGACAUUCCUGUUCCUGAUCAACGGCUACUGGCUCGCGCUGGUGCUCAACCUACCCCUGCUCGUUUGGAACGUCAAGAAGAUUGUUGAGAACACUCAUCUUCUCGAUGCCACCGAGAUCUUCAGGAAGCUGAAUGUGCACAAGAAGGAAUCAUUCAUCAAGCUUGGCUUCCACCUCAUCAUGUUCUUCUUCUACCUCUACAGCAUGAUCGUCGCCCUCAUCCGUGACGAGACCAAAUAAACUACGCCGGCGCUGCGGUGAGAGACAGCCUUAUGGCCGCAUCGUGUACAAACACCCGUAUGCGAGACGGACGGCUCUUUCUUGGCUGCGCCAGCCCUGCCCAGGCAGUAUUGGACACUGAGCUCGCUGGUGCUGGGCAACCGUUUCGA